AUAUUGAUUUGUGCCAUUUCGAUUGAUGGGCGCCCCUGCGGAUGGGUUUAUGGUUAUAGCUGUGGUGGGGCUACUGGAUAUGGUCAUGGAUACGCGAUAAGCAGAUAGGCAGGAGGCAUUCUCCAGGGAUCGUUAUAAAUAGGAGCCCAUGGGCCGGCCGCCUCGUAGACAACUCGAGAAUGGCGACGGAUAAGUAUGCGCCACCGGAUCAGCAUUCGUGCACAGCUCCGGACAGCAGCUGGCUGAGUCGAGGCCACAAGAACCAGCCGCAGUGGAAUGCCCUCGGCGCGGUGUCGUUCAUCCUGAUUUCGGGGGGCAUGAGCCUGGCCUGGGGAGCCGGCUUUGCCGUCCAUUCCGCCCAUCGCGAAGAGCUGCUGAUGACGUCCCACAUGGAGGUCUCGUGGUAUGCGGCUGCCACCGUUGGGGCAGUACUCGGGGCACUCUGCACCCAUCGCCUACCCCUGCAGCCCGUCUAUAUAUUCGGAUCCUGCCUGGUGCUGGUCUCGGGCAUACUCUUCCUGGCCUGCCACGAGUGCCCGGCGGCCAUCAUCACAGCCCGCUACCUGGACGGACUGGCCAAUGGGCUGGUGUUUGUCCCAGCCAUGGCAACGGUGGGCGAGAUCUCUGUGCGCGGCACGCGUGGACUGCUGGCCUCCACGGUGGAGCAGCUAAGCUGCAACACUGGCAUCCUGAUGCAGCUGCUGUACACGGCCGUGUGGCAGGUCGACUGGAACGUGACGAUUGCGGCCGACCAGGUGCACGGAGUGCUCAGCAUUGUCUACGGCGUGGUAGCCCUUGCUCUGGCCUCGACGCUGUGCGUAGAGUCUCCGGUCAACCUGCUGCUCCGCUCCGAUGAGCAGCAGGCGGUGGCAGCUCUGCGGCACCUCCAACGACCCUACAUGGUCACAAGUGAGACCCUGAUCCAGCUGGACGAGCACAAGCACUAUGUGGCCACCAAUCGAGAGAUGAGCUGGUGGCAGAGCGUCCGGAUGGGACUGCCCCCGCUCCUCAAGCUACUGGCCCUUCGAUCCCUCAAUGCCGUCUGCCUGACGCUGGUCGUGUGGAGUGCCCUCUACGAGACGGCCGUACAGGUGGCGACCCACUAUCAGGCCUGGCCCUAUGUGAUAUUCGGUGUGAUGCGGUGGUGUGGCUGCUUCUGCGUGCUUCUCCUCGUGGACACCACAGGCCGCAAGAAGCCUACGUUGUUUGGCUGCUUUUCCUGCGGUUCCUUCGCCCUCGCCUUUGCCACCCUGUUUGGGCGCACUCCGCACAUGAUAACGGCCCUCGCGCUGCUGUUCAGCCUGCAGUUCUUUGCUGGAUUGGGGCAAACAGCGUCGGCGGUGUAUCUCACGGAGGCCUUUCCCCUAGCCGUAAAGCCCCACUAUGUGGCCGUGGUGUAUGUCAUAGAACUCUUCCUGCGACUCAUCUUCUGCAGCUUCGCGCCUAGUCCUGCUGGAAUUGUUGCCUACUUCUAUGUCCUAGGAGGUCUUUCCAUAGCAUUUUUCUUCAUGGGCAUCUUCUGCCUGCCGGAGACGAGGCUCACGACGCUGUCGGAGGCCCAGCACAAGUUUAGCAAGUGGCUUAACAAGGAUUUCUAG